AAAGUUUAAACAAAUUUAGUUUCGAUCACGUUUUGACCAAUUUUGAACACUGUGCGGCGGCCCCGGUCCAAAUGGCCCGAUUGUACAUACAUUGGUGGCUUAAGCGAUCGCUUAGUUGAACCCAUGAUAGUAUAAAUAACAUUAUAUAUACUAUAAAUACUUACAUGAUACUAUAAAUACUUUAUUUAUAGUAUCAUGGUUGAACCGGUUCAAUUUUGAGCGUCGCGCCGCGCGCGUCGCUUCUCAUUCGGCUUGUUCAAUGCCGAGUUUAGUAAUUUUUUAGCUAUCCUUGCCUGCUCAGCUUAGUGCACAAAGACCAAAAACAAAGUUGUCAUGUUGAAUGGAAUGUUGUCACAAUAAAAUAUUUUGACAUUUUUGCAUUUUUGGACCAUUAUCGUUUUUGACCCUUUUGGAAUGAUAAAUGAUUUUAUAUUUAGCGUGUAAUUGUAAUUUGUGUACCUAGCUUGUAUCAUAGAUAAGGUGUAUAUAAGUAGGAGGUAUAUAAGUAGUGGCUUGUAUUGUAUGUACUUUGUACUUGCAGCUUGCAGUUGUAGUUUUGUUUGCACUUGCAGACUUUGCAGUUUCGGAACGUUUCAGUUUAUAUAAGCUAUGGAAUUUAAAGUUGAAAUUAAGGAAGAGCUUGUUGAAUAUAACCAAAAAGAUACAGAGAGCCAGCCUACCAGAUUCAUAGAUCUGGAAAUCUUCAAAAAUGAACCAGAAAAUAACUCGGAAACGGGACUAAAGGCUGAAAUUCAGGAAGAGUUUGCAGAAGGUUGUCAAGGAUAUAUAGAGGGUCAGCUAUAUACAUCCCCAGAUAUUAAAGACUUGAAGACAGAUGAAGCAGAAAGCAUGAAAGAUAAUGCAGGUUUUUCUCAGAACGAAAUGGAAAUCAUGAAAACUGAACUUGCACUCACCAAAGAACAACAAAUAAGUGUAAACACUGAAGAAACAAUAUUAGAAAAUGCGAUUUAUAAGUGUAAAAUUUGUUCUAAGCAAUUUAACCAGGCACAUUCUUUGAAACGACAUCUAAAAACACACACUGCAGAAAAGCUGUACAAGUGCGAAAUUUGUUUUAAGCAGUUUUCCCAAAAAGGUCAUUUAAAUGGUCAUUUAAGAUUGCACACUGGAGAAAGGCCUUAUAAAUGUGAUAUCUGUUUUAAGCAGUUUAGCCAAGCAAGUCGUUUGAAAUUACAUUCGAGAGUGCACACUGGAGAAAAGCCUUAUAAGUGCGAAAUUUGUUUUAAACAAUUUGCCUGGACAGACGAUUUGAACAGUCAUUUAAGAGUGCACACUGGAGUAAUGCCUUACAAGUGUGAAAUUUGUUUAAAAGAAUUUUCUAAAAAAGGUCAUUAUGAUUCACAUUUGAGAUUACACACUGGAGAAAAGCCUUACAAGUGUGAAAUUUGUUUAAAGCAGUUUUCUCACAAAGGUAAUUUGAGUACACAUUCGAGAUUGCACACUGGUGAAACGCCUUAUAAGUGUGAAAUUUGUUUUAAGCAGUUUUUCCAAAAAAGUCAUUUAAAUGGUCAUUUAAGAUUACACACUGGAGAAACGCCUUAUAAAUGUGAUAUCUGUUGUAAGCAGUUUAGCGAAGCAAGUCGUUUGAAAUCACAUUCGAGAGUGCACACUGGAGAAAAGCCUUAUAAGUGCGAAAUUUGUUUUAAACAAUUUGCUUGGAAAGACGAUUUGAACAGUCAUUUAAGAGUACACACUGGAGUAAUGCCUUACAAGUGUGAAAUUUGUUUAAAAGAAUUUUCUAAAAAAGGUCAUUUUGAUUCACAUUUGAGAUUACACACUGGAGAAAAGCCUUACAAGUGUGAAAUUUGUUUAAAACAGUUUUCUCACAAAUGUAAUUUGAGUACACAUUCGAGAUUGCACACUGGUGAAACGCCUUACAAGUGUGAAAUUUGUUUUAAGCAGUUUGGUCAAAAAUGUCAUUUGAAUUCACAUGUGAGAGUUCAUACUGGAGAAAAACCUCAUAAGUGCGAAAUUUGUUUUAAGGAGUUUUCUCGACAAUGUUAUUUAAAAAGUCAUUUUCACAGAGUGCACACUGGGGAAACUGCCUUACAAGUUUCGGGGUAUAGUCUGGGUUGAUUAUCGGAGAAUAGGCCAUUUUUGGGAAAAGUUAUUUACCAGCAAUUUUAUUGCUGGAAUCGAAGCUUAUGAUUAUAUAUAUAUUAAUAAUAUAGACAUGCAAAGUCCGCAGAUAGUGUGCUACUUUUUUUAUAAACAAAAUGGCGCCCGAAAAUCGUGUUUUUUUUUAAUUAUUGCUCUAUAACUCCGAAGAUUUUAACUUUACAACAAAAACACCCCAAUAAAAAUUCACCGCAAUUAAAUUCUGCAUAGAGAUAUGUUUUUUUUCCGAUCUGCUCCGACGAAAAGUUUUCCUCGGAAAAUUCGGGUUUUCCCAACAAAAUCUUUAAUUUUCAAAUAAAGUUUUAGAUAAGUAAUUAUCUACCAAUAAUUAAAUAAUUUGGUAACUUAAAAGCCUUCUUGGUUUAGAUUAUAGUUCCAGAAGCUGGUGAAAAUUGAAGGAAUAUUUUAGCAACAAUUCAAUUGUUAAUUAAUAAUUUACGGUCGCAAUAAUAACCAGAAUAAUUAUGAUACACUGAUCAAACUUUGAAAUCUUAUAAAGAUGAGAUGCCUAUUUAACAUUUUGUCGACAAAAUAUAAUUUUUAAUGUUUAAAAAAAUAGUUAUAAACAAAUUAACGUUUCUCAGAAAGUUUUUAUUAUAUUCUAAUUUUAAAAAAUAGUUAAAAUGCGUAUUUCAGAUAUCUUGAAAAUGAAUGCUUUAAAACUUUUUUGCAAGCAUUUGCAAAAAAGUUAUGAAACAGCAAAGUAAACAUACGAUUACUACGUUUUUUUAUAAUUUUUUUAAUUCUUUCAAAGCGUAAAUGUAAGUUCAAAGUACAAGCUAAUUAUUUACAAAAAAUAUCGAUUAUUAGUUUAAUGGUUAUAUUUUAAUUAAAGAUUAUAAAUAUAUUUUUUUGUAAUUUACACGCGCGAAAGUAGACUAAUAGGUAAAGUACUGUAGCUAAAAUUUUCACUCGAAGUGACCGCCCGCCCGACGUACACUUAAUAAAUAAAAUUAUAGUAUUAUGUAUGCUGCGUGUCAGUCGCUUUGAGUGAACAUUUUAGCUCCGACUCUGUAUCAAGCCUACUUUCGCGCUAAAAAUUACAAAAAAAGUAUUUUUAAUCUUUGAUUAAAAUAUAACCAUUGAACUAAUAUUUGAUAUUCUUUGUGAGUAAUUAGAUUGUACCACGACUCACUUUUAAGCUUUGAAACAAUUAAAACAAAUUAUAAACAACGGAGUAAUCGUAUAUUUACUUUGCUGUUUCAUAACUUUUUUGCAAAUGGUUGGAAAGAAUUUUUAAAACAUUCUUUUUCAAGACCUUUGAAAUACGCAUUUUAAGUAUUUUUUAAAAUUAGAAUAUAAUAAACAAUUUCUGAGAAAUGUUAAUUUGUUUAUAACUAUUUUUUUAAACAUUUAAAGAUUAUGCAAAAAAAUGAAAAAUUUAUAUUUUGUCGACAAAAUAUUAAAUAGGCAUCACAUCUUUAUAACCUUUCUAAGUUUGAUCAAUGUCUCAUGAUUAUUUUGGUUGUUAUUGCGACUGUAAAUUGUUAAUUAACAAUUGAAUUGUUGCUAAAAUAUUCGUUUAAUUUUCACCGGCUUCUGCAGUUAUAAUCUAUACCAAGAAAGCUUUUAUUUCACCAAGUUAUUUAAUUAUUGAUAAAUAAUUACUUGCCCAAAAAAUUUAUUUGAAAAUUCAAGAUUUUGUUGGGAAAACCCACAUUUUCCGAGGAAAAUUUUCGUCGGAGCAAAUCGGGAAAAACAUGCCUGUAUGUAGAAUUAAAUUGGGAUGAUUUUUUUUUGAGUGUUUUUGGUGUAAAAUUAAAAUCUUCGGAGUUAUAGACCAAUAAUUGAAAAAAAAAAACACGAUUUGGGGGCGCCAUUUUGUUAAUAAAAAAAGUAGCACACUAUCUGCGGACUUUGAAUACCUAUAUUAUUAAUAUAUAGGAUCAUAAUAUUCGAUUCCAGCAAUAAAAUUGAUGGUAAAUAAUCUUUCUUUGUACUUUACUAAUUAGACCAGCGUAUUAUAACUAUUUUUUUUUCAAAAUUUAAAGAUUAUGCAAAAAACGAAAAAUUUGUAUUUUGUCGAUAAAAUAUUAAAUAAGCAUCUCAUCAUUAUAAUCUUUAUAAGUUUGAUCAAUGUAUCAUGAUUAUUUUGGUUAUUAUUGCAACUGUAAAUUGUUAAUUAAAAAUUGAAUUGUUGCUAAAAUA